AUGAAAUAGUCAAAACAACCUUAAAACUAAGUUCAUGAUGAUUAAUUUUCAGGAUCCAAUACUCCUAAUGUUCAUGGAUUAUUCUUACCAUAAACGAUGACUAUGGGUGUAAUAUAAUUAAUAAAAUGAAAGCAAAUGUCUGAAGACAGAAAAGGAGAAGAUCAACGAUUGAAAUUAAUAAGAGCUUCUACUGACCCUUAUGAAGCAUUUAAGGAUGAUGAUUUUUUAUAUCCAACAAAAGAAGAUGAAAUGAAUCUUUGGCAAAAAUAUUCUGGAGAUUAUAUAUAAGGAAUGCCUGUAUUACCAACAGGAAAAUGUAGUUUAUUUUGUAACAUUGUCUGCUGUUUUUACUUUCUAAUAUUUGGUUUAGUUUUUGUUGGAAUAGCUGGCAGUAUUACAGAAGUAAGAAGUGAAUGUAUAUUUAUAUAGAUUAGAUUAAAUUAUGGAAAAGAAUGUGAAGGUAAACAAUAGUGUAUUGUUCAGUUCUUUAUUGAAAAAAAUACUUAUGGACCCUUUUUUUUAUAUUAUGAAUUAAAUGAGUUUUACACUAGUCAUUCUGAGUAAAAUUAGAAAUUGAAUAAAUUUAGUUUUGCAUAGUCAAUUAGUCCAAAAUAAAUGAAGGGUCAAGAAUUAACAGAUGAAGAAUAUGAUGUUUAUUGUCCUGAUACAUAAUCAUUUGAAUCUCUUUAAAGACCUUUAGAAUUUAAUAGAAGUUAUGCUGGUUUUAUGGUAGAUUUAAAUAAAAAAGUUAAUCCUUGUGGCAUAGCUUCUAAAUAUAUUUUUAAUGGUAUUUAUAUUAUUUGAUAUUUAGAUUCCUUUUUACUCUUUGAAGUUAAGGGUAAUGAGGCUACAUCUUUAGCUCUCAAUUCAACAGCAAUAGCAUUUUCGGUUGAUUUAGAAUACAAAUAUUCAAGAACCUAAAAUUCAUAAUUUAGAUAAUGGUUAGAUCUAGAUGAUGGUAAUCAUAUUCUUAUUUAAAAUAUAGAAAAAAUAAUAAAUUGGUUUAAUAUUCAAUCAUUACCUUUAGUGAGAAAAUUAUACGCGAGAUAUGAUAAUGAUUUAUCAGCUGGAAAUUAUAGUGUUGUUAUUUAAAAUAGUAAUUUCUUGAAUAAUCUCCUUUAGAUUAUCCAACCUAGAUUUUUGGGGGAGAAAAGUAUCUUAUAGUUACUACACUAUCUUCUUUCGGUAGUAAGAAUUUUUCUUUUGGAUAUUUACUUAUUGCUACUGCAGGGGUCUAAUUCUUAAGUGCUCUCAUUAUUUAUAUUAAACAUAGAAUUGUAGAAAAAAGAGAAAAACAUGAAUAAAAAAUACAUGCUGAUUUAAAACUUAAAGAAAAAUCCGAUUGA